AUGACGGGCAACCAUACAGGCUUCCUCGUGCCCGAUACCUACGUCGACGACCUUCCCAAUGACAUCGAUAUGAACAUCGCCUCUAUUGCCUGGGGCCUGUCCCUGGGCAUCACAGUCUUUAACAUGGCCAAGGCCAUUCGACAAACGGAAACAUCGUGGCAGCGAAGAAAGAAGAUCACAGGUUACGUCGCCCUGAUUUGGGCCGAGAUCAUUUCGAGUUUUUUGUUGGGAAUUAUGUGUUGGUUUUACCUUCGGGGCAAUAUUGAACCGAGCAUGCAGUUCUUCUUCUUUAUCAUUGUCUGGUGGUCAACACAGGUCCAAUGUCUUAUCCAGAUCAUUAUCAACCGAGUCUCCCUAUUGAUGGUCGUUAGAUCCAACGGUACCAAGCUCAAAUGGCUUUGCUUCCUUAUUCUUUUGUCGGUCAACAUCAGCGUCUUUUGCAUCUGGGUUCCUGCCCGUCUCCAGAUUAGCGAGCGGUAUAUCCACCUAAACGAGAUCUGGGAUCGAUGUGAAAAGGUCAUCUUUGCCAUUAUGGAUGCCAUUCUCAACUUUUACUUCAUCUACGUUGUCAAGCAGCGUCUUGUUGCCAACGGUCUUCAGAAGUACACUCGUCUCUAUCAGAUGAACAUGUUGCUCUGUGGUAUUUCCAUUGCCCUGGACGUUCUCCUUAUCUGCAUGAUGUCUUUGCCCAACGGUUUCGUCUACAUUCAAUUCCAUCCCCUCGUCUACCUUCUCAAGUUACACAUCGAAAUGAACAUGGCCGAUCUUAUUGGAAAGGUCGUCCGAGCCGGCAACAACGAUCCCCGCGGCGGUGGCAACGAUUACAGCUCUCGAUCACGAACAACUGGAGCCUCCCGAGCCCACGGUACUCGCUUCGGCAACACCCUUGCAAGUGCCCACCACCGAACACAUAUUGAGCUCGGAGAGGAUGACGAGUAUGAGCUCGAGCAGAGAGAGAAGAUUGAGGGUAUCAAGAAGACAGUCGUCACCAAGAUCACACAUACGGGCGAGCAGAAGCUCGAUGAUAGCGAUUCAACAGCCGAAGACCAAAACGACAAUGCCAUCAGCGAAGCCAGCUCAACCAAUCAUUUACAUCAGCGCAACUACAGCGUCGUCUAG